AUGAUAGUAGAGGAAACCAAAGACCAAAAGCAGGCGCUGGAGAACGGCAAUGAGGCGGCAUGUGCCAGCCAGCAGAGCCACGGCGGCAACGUUGUCUUGAGGCCUUCGUCGAGCCACGACGACGCUGUGACGGAGAUGGAGGCGAUGACAGUAGAGGACCCGCAAGGUGCGCCCCCGGCAACUGGGGGUCAUGUGUCGGGGCCCAGAGAGGUGGCGGCUUCGAGGUGCUUCUUGGCGGUGUACUUGGGGCGACUGCGUGGGGCGGGCGAAACAGGGCCCCCGGCCCUUGCCCUGUCGCUCGACCUCCUCCCCACCUUCGUUUUCUCCACCGGCAUCAUGCUCCUGUUGGCGGUUGUCGAUGAGUACGGUCUGGGGCAGUACGGCCUGCAGCUGUACUUGCCGUCGUUCUGGGCGUCGUGCGCGUUGACGGUUUGUCUCAUAACUGCACCCGGGGCGCAGCCGCAGGCACUGUUGGGCUCGCACCUGCUUGCUGCCCUCUUUGGUGUUUCCUUUGGCCACGCAACGGGGUCUCUUGCGCAGCCCCUUGGGCAGUUGCUGGCCAGCGCCUUCGCUGUAGCUCUCCUUACCCCUGCUUGCCUCUUGUUUGGUUGGUUUCAGCCCUCGAGUUCGGCCACAGCUGUGCUUGCCGUCUUUCACAAACAGGGGCGAUUGCACGAUGCGGGUUACGUCUUCCUUCUGACGCCUGUGCUGCUUGGCGGGCUCAUUGUAUUUGUUUGCUCGUGGCUGAUGAACAAUCUUAUACCGUGGCGACCAGCCUAUCCCCUUUGUUGGUGA